UGUUUGAGAACUACUGGCAAAUCGCAUAUUUUAGGAUUGUAUGAAAAUAUUAUCAGAAAAGUGAUUAGAAAAAUAUCCAUUUUAAAUAAACGUUCUUUAAUCAAUCCGUUUUUAAGUUUUUGAAACCUCUGAAUUAAACAAUACUUCAAAAAUGCCGAAGGGAAAAACCAAGAAAUUUAUUGACAGAAAGAAUUCAGUAACAUUUCAUCUAGUUCAUCGGUCACAAAAAGAUCCGUUGAUCGCUGAUGAGAGAGCACCAGAACGUGUGCUUGUACCUGUUGAACACGCACAAGCCUCUAAAAAGAAGUUGGACGAUGAUAAGCGUAAAGAGGAGCAACGAAAAUAUGGCAUAUAUUUUGACGAUGAUUAUGAUUACUUGAAACAUCUUAGAGAUGUUAAUUCACUAACAGUUGAAUGGGAACGCAUAGAUGCUUGUACAAGUUCAAAGUCAAAUGACCAAACAAACGCACCUAAAAUUAAUUUACCAUCUUCUGUAUUUGCUUCAAAUGUAGAGGAAAAAGUUGGUCUUUUAAACAAAGCAGCCCCAGUUUCGGGGUUGCAGUUAGAUUUAGAUCCAGAUAUAGUUGCUGCCAUGGAUGAUGAUUUUGACUAUGACAAUUCAGAGAAUGAAUUAGAGGAUAAUUUUAUGGAAUUAGCUAAUGCACCCAUUAGCGACAAUGAAAUUUUACCAGAAAAAUAUGGUCAAGCAUCUGAUGUUUCAUCAGAGUUUGAGUUAUCCGAUGAAGAACAAGACGAAGUAUGCAGUUUAGGUGAACAUAUCUUCUGGGAGGAAGAAACAAAAUCCCGUUUUACAGAAUAUUCAAUGAGUAGUAGUGUAAUCAGAAGAAAUGAGCAACUUACCCUUCUUGAUGAUAAAUUUGAAAAAAUGUAUGCAGCAUAUGAUGAAGAUGAAAUUGGAGCAUUAGAUUGUGAUGAAAUUGAAGGACAUAUUGAACCUAACUCAGAUUUAGUUCUUCAAUGUGCAGCAGAAUUUGAAAAACAGCAAAAUGAAAAUACUGAUAACUUUACACAGUUGAUGAAAGACAGAAUGAAAAUUUUAGAUAAAGAGUAUUCUAGUUCUGAGGAUGAAGGUAGUUUAGAAGAACUUGUAGUUGACGCAAGAGAAAAAGAUAAAUGGGAUUGUGAAAGUAUUAUUAGUACAUACAGUAAUAUUUACAAUCAUCCGAAAUUAAUUUCUGAACCCAAGCAUCCACAAAAGAUCAAAAUCAAUGCAAGGACAGGUAUACCAAAAAAUGUUUUGGAUGAAUAUUCUGGAAAAUUGACGAUUAAAGCAUUAGCUCAGUUUGAACAACAAAAUACAAAUUGUAGGCCAGGGUAUUCUCAGUCUAUUGCAGAGACUAUGAAAUCUACCUUAAGUACAUUAAGUAUAAGGCCUAAAAAUGAAACUAGUGAAGAAAGAAAACAAAGGAAAAAAGCACUUAAGGAAUACAGAAAAGAAAGACGGAGAGAACGAAAAGCAAAUAGUGAAGCAUUUAAAGAAGAAAAGAAACGUCAAGAAAAAAUAUUAUUGAAUAAUAGGCAAAAUAUUCAAGGAAAUAAAAUACUUUAACAUGUAAAUUGUUACUUUUUUUAAUAAAUUAAAUUU